AAAACCUAUGAAGAAGUCAAAAAAGCAAUGACAAAAUACUUUGACGAUGACAGAGACAAAGAAAUCUUGGUUCAGUGGCGAGGACGAUUUGAAAACAAAAUCAAGGAGUUUCAUGAGGACCAAGUGAGAGGAGUCAAAGGAAAACUGGAUGAAGUCAUCGAGCAGAAGAAUGCCUGUAAAAAGUUAGAUGAUAAGAAGCCAGAGUUUGAGAACAAACUGCUACAAAAGAGCAAAGAGCUCGCUCAUCAGUUCAGGGAUGAAAAAGAUGAAGAGGAACUUCAAAAACAGUUCAACUCUGUAUUGAGCGGUUGGGUUAGUGAACUAACUGCAGGUACAAAACCGAUAAAGGACAUCAACUAUGAAGGAGAUCAGAUAACUAUCCUUCAGGAGCUUGGUUUUGAAUGGGCUCUUAUAGCUGAGCGUGAAAGCAGUGGCAGAUACAAAAAAAUAUCAGAGGUUGGUGAUUACAUUGAUUAUGUAUCCCUCACCAAGGAGCAAGAUCUGUGUAACACAGGCGACCAAUUUCAUGAAAAUGAGAGGGAAACAGGCAGAAGAGGACAAGAAAAACAUUCUGGUCCUGCAAACAAACUCACAGAAUAUGUUUCAGAGAAAGUUACAAAAGUAAAACAUUUAUUAAAGUGGUAUUUACAGUAUGAAGAACAGAAACAGAUCAGAAUGCUGAUUGACAAUAUUGAAGAACAGUCCCUUGACGUGCUUAAGAGCAAACCUGUCGCUACAAGAGGCUACAGUCCAACU